ACGUUCUCCAGAGGUUCGACUCCGACACCAUACCAGACACAGCUCGGCCACUCGUUUCAUAGGACCUACCGUCCAAGCACCGCGAACCAUCGCAUUUUUCUUCGCUCGCCAGCUUUCGGUCGCGAGAAGAAAUCCGAGGCCCUCGUCUCGUACACACGGGCCAUGAAUUCGAAUCACAAGCUCUCCUUCUUCGUAGCGGCGACCGCCGUCGUCUCCGUCCUCUUCACCGUCUACCUGAGAGCCCCCUCCAGCGAACCCGGGACCGUUGACGGCCUCGAGCUGGUUCCGAUGGACCGCGGUGCGGUCGGGCCGGAGAGCUUUGCGUUCGAUCCGCAAGGGGAGGGCCCGUACACCGGCGUGUCGGACGGGCGGGUCGUGAAGUGGGCGGCGACCGAGCGCCGUUGGGUCGAUUUCGCUUUCACUUCUCCGAGCAGAGACGUGUGCGAGAAGCCCCACGAGCAUCGAGAGAUGGAGCACGUUUGCGGACGCCCGCUGGGGCUAGGGUUCGACCCGAGGACGAGCCAUCUUUACAUCGCCGAUGCUUACAUGGGCUUGCUCGCUGUAGGCCCCGCCGGCGGGUUGGCCACGGCGGUCGCUGCCCAAGCGGAUGGCGUUUCCUUUCGGUUCACCAACGGCUUGGACAUUGAUCCACUUAGUGGAGCUGUGUACUUCACCGAUAGCAGCUCGCAGUACCAACGAAGGAACUAUAUUCCUCUAAUUCUGAGCGGGGAUCGAACGGGAAGGCUAAUGAAGUACGACCCGGAAAGCAAUCGCGUGACGACGAUCCUGAACAAUCUCUCGUUCCCCAAUGGAGUGGCCCUCAACGAUGACGGCGACUUCGUUCUAGUCGCCGAGACGAGCACCUGCAGAGUCCUCAAGUACUGGCUCAGACCACCCCACAAAGAAGGGAAGGUCGAGGUUUUCGCUCGGCUCCCCGGAUUCCCGGAUAACAUAAGGAGGAGCCCGAGAGGGGGCUACUGGGUGGGGAUCUUCUCGAGAAGAAACAAGGUUUUCGAGCUGGUUUUAUCGUCUUCCUGGAUGGGGAAGUUCCUGCUCGGGCUACCGAUCGACGCGAUGAAGAUUCACGGGCUGUACGCGAGCUGGAGAGGGAAAGGGAUGGGAGUGAGGUUGAGCGAGGAGGGCGAGGUGGUGGAGAUCUUGGAGGAGAGAGUGGGGAAUCAAUGGAGGUCGAUCAGUGAAGUCGAGGAACGAGAUGGAGGGUUUUUGAUCGGGUCUGUGAACAUGCCAUUUGCAGGCUAUUAUAAGGCCCAAGAAAUUUGAUUGAAAGAGAAAA